AUGACCGCCAAGGAAUGGAUCAAGUCGCAAUUGGGAGUUUGGCAGUUUUACUACGAAUCAAGGGAUAUCAGGGACAAGGCCGCUCAUCCGGCUACCUAUCCAAUAUCCCUGGCCGCACGAUGUAUCUCCCUGUUUACGCAUGAAGGGGAGUUGGUGCUUGAUCCCUUUGUCGGCAGUGGCACGACGUUGGUGGCUGCGAGGGACUUGAACCGUAAUGCCGUGGGUUUUGACCUCAAACAGGACUACAUUGACCUGUGUGAGGCAAGGCUGGAGCCGGAGACAGCGCACGAUGCCACCGCACAAGUUGGAUUUUGUGGCGACGCCAGAAUGAUAGAGGACUUUCUCGAACCAGAGUCGGUCAGCUUGAUACUUACUUCGCCUCCCUACGCAAACUUGCUGAAUCGACCCCGCCUUAACAAGAGCCGCAGGGGAGCGGAGCGAAAGAACAGCCAAUACCUUAAGACUGAACAAUACAGCCAGGACCCGAGGGACCUGGGAACCCUUGACCUAGACUCCUACCAGGACGCUAUGGCAGAAAUCUAUGGCAGCCUCUUCCCGUUGCUGCGGGAGCGGGGGCAUUGCGUCAUUGACGUUCCAGAUAUGUGGCUGGAUAAUCGGCGCAUUACUAUCCAUACCGCCGUGGUCGAAGCGCUGCGUUCGGUGGGAUAUGAACUGAGAAACACUAUCAUUUGGGACCGGACAAACAUAGUAAAUCGCGUCGGUAUUUUCGGUUGGCCCUCGAACUACAUUACGAUGGGAACUACUUUCGAAUACCUGCUGGAUUUUUGGAAGCCGGAGUCUGGGACUGCGAGCGGACGCUGA